CACGUUUUCUCAUUCCGUUCCCUUCCUUUUAUUGUAGCGUGAAAAAGACAAACAAAAAGAUCGGCGCUGAGUAAUAUUUCGAGAUACCUACUUUUGUCAAGUGGGCAGCGCGUUGCACUUGUUCCGUUUUGUGGCAGAUGACAAAUGAAUCAGUGAGGGAAAUGUCGAAUGCGUCUAGGGACCCGGGGAAGUGAGUUUCUUUUAUUAUUUUUAAAAGUGCACACUCGAUCGAGGACACAAUCGUCGAUUAAUUUGAUCUAGACUUUGACACAGAAAAGACGCGCUGGUACGGACGUGUGGUGAUAAUCGGCAAGUGUUUAUUUUAAUUAAUUGAGAUAUUUACAGUGUCUUACUAAAGUAUUAACAUCAUCGGAACUCGUGUGCGGAUUUAUCAAUUAAAUACAGGAAUUAUUUAAAAAAGUUUAUUAUUUUCUUGGAUUUUGACCUAUAACCGUUCAUGAAGAGGAAUUAUGAGAGGAUGUAAAGAACACAACAAGCGCGUAAAAAUAAAAAUAUUCGUCAACAUAUUAAUUUAAAAAAUAUGUUUCAUAGUGAUAUUUACUAGUGUAGAUAGACUUUUAGUAUAUGUAUUUAUUUAUUUAUUUAAAAAAUUGCUCGAAAAUGUUUGAUGGAAAUUCUAGUGUAAAAUUAUUUAAAAUGAUAUUAAUUUUUUGUUUAACAAAAUGUGUAUUCCCCGCAACCAUUUCGCACUUUUUGGAAAGCCCUUGCUCCAACAUUUUUCAGUACCGCUAUGACGAGAAUGCUUUGUUAUACGGAAGUGUUCAAAUUGAAUGUCCUGAAACCAACAAGAUACAACUUAACAUAGAACUGUCUGUGGGAAAUAGUGUAGAGGGUUAUAAUGGCAACAUACAGCUGCUGCAUUCCAAAGAAAAAGUGAUUGAUGACGUCAUGCACCGCAGGCCGAUUUCGUACAAGGUAUACUUUCCUGUUUGGAGCAACAUUCCUCCGAAAAUAACUAAAAUUUUAGUUAAUGGCGACUUAAUUUGUAGAGGACCAAAAAUAUCAAUGCGAUUAGUGCCAGUUCACACAACCAUAAACCUCCAACACACCCUCCAAGUCGACGUUCAACCCCUUAUAUCCUCAUCUGACAGCUCACAGGGUUCUCCAAACAACUUCGACCGUCCGACUAAAGAUAACCCUCCCGAUACUAGACUAAGCGGUAACCCCAAGCGCGGAACAAACUCCGGCAAUAACCAGUUCAAUUUCAACCCCCCUCCCACGAAAUCCACCAACAAUCCAGUGAUGAAUAUCAACUUUAACCCCCAAAUGCCGAAGGACCCGUCCAAGAUAUACGCUGGAAAUCCAUUCCUCAACAGUUUGACGACUACAGUUGCACCUGUCAAGAGAAUUGAUGAAGCAGCCCCUCCACAAACAACCCCAGCGAUUGAAGUGAGAGUCACAGAAAAACCCAUGCUCGUUGAAAGAACAGACACUUCCCAGUCUAACAAUGAAAAAGAAGGUCAAAGUUCGUCAAUUAACCCCUACGAUAGCGUCUGUGGACGAACCGUAGUCACGAAUUCUUUGGUUAUAAACGGUAAUGCAGUACUAAGAGGGGCGUAUCCUUGGUUGGUUGCGAUGUUUGGUGUCAAAGCGACCGGUCUGAACUACAUGUGCAGCGGGUCUCUCAUUUCUGACAAGCACGUAGUUACAGCCGCACAUUGCGUUAAAACGGAAACCAAGAAAUACAAGCCACAGGAACUGUUGAUAAUACUUGGAAAACUGAACCUACGAAAAUGGGUGCCCAUGCAUGGGGAGAAGAUGAUCGAACCAGAAUCCAUCCACGUCCAUCCCGAUUAUGAAUCUAAUUCCAGUGACGCAGACAUUGCUGUGUUGGUGCUUACUGAAAGUGUGGAAUUUACUAAGUAUAUAAGGCCGCUGUGUCUUUGGAAUUCGGAUAGUAACCUGAAUAAUGUCGUAGGAAAAGAAGGGACUGUCGUGGGAUGGGGUAAAGACGAAAAUGGCAACCUAAUGACUGCAGAACCAAAGCAAACAAGUUUACCCGUCGUAAGUCAAGAACAGUGCCUUAGAAGUUCGUAUCAGUUUCAAUAUAUCACGUCAAACAGAACGUUUUGCGCAGGAUUUCGAAAUGGAUCUGGCCCCUGCAACGGAGACAGUGGCAGCGGGUUCUUGAUGAAGAUGGGAGACAGGUGGCUAUUGAAGGGCAUUGUGUCGAUGUCCAUUUCUGAAGCCAACACCAGGACUUGUGAUCUAAACAACUAUGUUGUAUUUACGGACGCCAGCAAACAUUUAGAUUGGCUGUUAUCUUUUCUGAAAUAAAG